CUGCGCCGGGUGGGGAGGGGCUUCCGGGGUGAGCGGUCUCCUGGCUGCAGCACAGUCCCCGCGGGCCACAGGCUCCUGUCCCAAGAUAUACGCCGCGCCCGCCGCCGUGAGCCUCACCGUGCCUGGCCUUCCUGACCCUUCGUGGGGAUUCUGGUUCGCAAUGGCUGACUAUCAAGAGAAAGACUUGCAGAAAUUUCUUAAAAGUGUGGAUGAAAUCACCAGUUUAAUUCAGGAGAUGAAUUCUGAUGACCCUGUCGUACAAGAGAAAGCCGUCCUCGAGACAGAAAAGAGACUACAGUUUAUGGAGCAAGACCGAGAGGAGGACGAGUGCAGGACCACCGUGAACAGGACCGUGAUCAGCCCUCCGCAAGCUCCCUCGAAGAACGCAGAUGAAAUAAGCUCAGAAGCCUUCUUGGCAUCUGUGGAAAAGGAUGCAAAGGAACGUGCCAAAAGAAGAAGGGAAAACAAAGUCUUAGCAGAUGCCCUAAAAGAAAAGGGGAAUGAAGCAUUUGCCAAAGGUGAUUAUGAAACGGCCAUCUCGUGCUACAGUGAGGGUUUGGAGAAGCUGAAGGACGUGAAAGUGCUGUACACCAACCGAGCCCAGGCUUAUAUCAAACUUGGGGACUACCGGAAGGCGCUGACGGAUUGUGACUGGGCUCUGAAGUGUGAUGAAAAAUGCACUAAAGCAUAUUUCCACAUGGGAAAAGCCCACCUGGCUCUAAAGAACUACAGUGAGUCUAGAGAGUGUUAUCAGAAGAUCUUAGAAAUAAACCCCCAGCUGCAGACACAGGUGAAAGGUUACCUGAAUCAGGUAGAUCUUCGAGAGAAAGCAGACCUUCAGGAGAAGGAAGCUCAGGACUUGCUGGAUUCAGGAAAAGACACAGCCGUGACGACCAAGAAUCUCCUGGAGACCCUUUCCAAGCCUGAUCAGAUUCCCUUGUUCUAUGCGGGAGGAAUUGAAAUCCUGACUGAAAUGAUGAAGGAUUGUGCAGAACGAACUUUAUUCAGAACACACAAUGGAUUCAGUAUCAUCAGUGACAAUGAGGUCAUAAGAAGGUGCCUUUCCACAGCAGGAAAAGAUGCAGUGGAAGAGACAGUGUGUGUGUCUGUUCUCAGGCUCUGGCAGGCAGUGUGCAGUGAGAACGAGGAGAACCAGCGCCUGCUGGUGAUGCACCCCACCCGAGGCCGGCUACUGCCCACCCUCUUGGCCUCCAGGGUCGCGACCAUCCAGGAGCAGAGCCUGGCCCUGCUGCUACAGCUCGCCCAGACCGAGAACGGACGGGGCCUGAUCAUCAGCCACCUUGACCUGACCAGGUUGUUGGAAGCCCUGGUGUCAUUUCUUGAUUUCUCAGAGAAGAAGGCCAACUCAGCCAUGGCACUACUCACAGACUUGGCUCUGGAAGAGAGGUUCCACGUCUGGUUCCAAGCCAGCCUUCCAGGUGCGCUCCCCGCGCUGGCAGCCGUGCUGAAGAGAGAUCCCAGGGUCACCAACACGUCAGCCCUCUGCCAGUGCAUUGCCAUCCUGGGCAACCUCAGCGCCGAGCCUGCUGCCCGAAGACAGCUGUUUGCCUCCGAGGAAUUCAGGGAUGCCUGCUUGGGGCUCUUGGCCAAGUGCGAAGAGGACAUGGACCUGUUCAGAGAAGUCAUGUACACCCUCCUGGGACUCAUGAUGAACUUGUGUCUUCAGCCCUCCUUGGUUUCUGAGGCCUCGCCCUGCACUUGGGGAAGAUGGACGUGGGAAAGAAAUGAGAGCAAUAGAAGAUGCUAUGAAGGAAAUACAGACAGAUGUGGCCUGGCGGUGGUGUGGGCCAUGGAGGUGAGUCGGAAGUGCCUGUCCCUGCUGAACAGCCAGGAUGGAGGAAUCCUCACAAGAGCCGCUGGUGUCCUCAGUCGCACCCUUUCUUCCUCGCUGACAAUUGUUGAGGAGGCCCUGAGAGCCGGAGUGGUGAAGAAAAUGAUUAAAUUCCUGAAGGCAGGAGGCCAGACUGCAUCGCGUUAUGCUAUAAAGAUACUGGCCAUCUGCACUAAUAGUUAUCACGAAGCACGAGAAGAAGUGAUAAGACUGGAUAAAAAGCUCAGUGUUCUGAUGCAGCUGCUCGGCUCGGAGGAUGAGAUUCUGGUGGGCAACGCUGCCCUCUGCCUGGGGAACUGCAUGGAGGUGCCACUGGUGGCCUCGUCCCUGCUGACCACAGACAUCGUGCAGGUCUUGCUGAGGCUUGCGGGCGGCGAUGCCCAGAAGACAGCUGUGCAGCUGAACGCGGGCAUCGCCCUGGGGAAGCUGUGCACGGCCGAGCCCAGGAACAGGGAGACCUUGUGCUUCACUUUUUUGCCCGGGGCUGAAGUGUUGGGAGAAUGUCCCUGAGGGAAACAGGCGAGAUGGGGCGGGAGCAGCACGAUGAAGCACAGCCGCCCAGCUCGACGGGAGCCUGUGCUGGAGCUGGGUGCAUGGCCUCUGUCAGCUCAGACUCCACGCCGCUCUGGCCCCGCCUGAUGCGCUGGGACACCCGGCCCUCUUCCUUCUGGAAGGUGCCCGCCUGGUCCCCGCCCCUGCCUGCACGGGAGCAGGUGCCCUCUGCAGACAGGGAGGGGCUCUGGCCUGCCUGCUUCCUGCUCUUAGAGCCUUGCCCUCCAUCCCUCUUCUGGGGAACGAGAGGUUUGGCCUGGAUGACAUCUAAGGCCCUUUCAAGCUCUGCUUGUUGAAAUGGAAGGAAUGGGUACAGAAGGCAAAGCCCAUUAGCUCGGCUGGGCUCACAGUGGCAGCCUGCUGGGGACGUCCCCAGAGCAGGCCCCAGGUCUCUGCCACGUCUGCCACUCACACAGGGAGUGUUGCCGAGUGUUGCAGGCCUCCUGAGGGCCUCCCCGCUUUGAUCUUUGGGGUAAUAGCUGCUGCCCCUCCUGCCUUCCCAGCCCACCCCUUCCCGAGGGGGGUGCCCCUAGGCGCCAGAUGUCUGUGCCUGGCAUUCAUGUCCUGGAGUUUGUGUUCUGAUU